AUGGUAAGUACAGAGACAUGGAAUACUGGUGUAUGUAUGAGAACAGAACUGUGUGGAUGUGACUAUGCUACCAGACCAGUGAUAUCCGGUAUGACCAAUCAAAAGCUGACAGCAUCUUCCAAUAGCUAUGUAGAUCUUGUGUGUAUUGUACAAGAACCAUUAAUACGAUACAUCAAAUGGUAUACUAGUAAUACUGACAUCACUAGUCAUUCUACUGGCCUGGUGCGUGGUGCAAAUGGAGUCAAGCAGUCUACUUUGAGAUUGAACUACACCUCCGAUGCUGAUGUACUAAAUACUUAUGAUUGUAACAGGUUCGAGUCCUCGCUGUGGUGCUUUAAGACGUUCAUUUGUAGAGCAUUGUAUGGAAAUAACAAAACAGAGGCCGACGGGAUAAAAAGUGCCGUGGUAAAAGUAAGAUAUGACUACCCGUCUAGACAAUCACGACCGACAGUUAAAUUCCUAAGCUCAACAGUAGUGGGAAUAGUCUGGCAAAAGCUUCAAUUAAACGAGUUCCAGAAACCUGUGAUCUCAUAUGCGAUAGUAUACCAAAAUGGAAAACAAUCAGUAACGUUGUCAGCCCUAUCGCUGAGUCUCGUGAUCACUGGCCUAAAAAUCUACACCAGUUACAAUAUUACAAUCAAAGCUGUUAGUAUAGUUGGUGAUGGGAAAUGGAGUCAGCCAAUGAACUUCAGAACAGAUUCAACAAUUCCUACGGGUUUUCCUACAUCAAUUAGAGCAGAAGCCUUAACAUCCCAAAGUAUACGUGUUACUUGGCAGGCACCAACAUCUGGAAUCAAUGGUCCUUUUCUUGGAUACAGAGUAUUUUGCAGAUCAGGAAGUGAUAGACGUGAAAGUACAGCAACUCCUCAACAAGCAAGUCACACGUUCAGUGGUCUGAGAAAGUGGACAGUGUACAACUUCACAGUGUUCAUACAUAACGAUAAGGGAGAUGGACCUAUAAACGGAUAUGUGGCCAAGCGAACAUUUGAAGAUGCUCCAGGGCAGCCACAAAGCUUCCAAGUCACCGUCCUUAAUUCUACUGGCGUUCAACUGGAUUGGGCUUUACCAAUUGAAACAAAUGGUAUCAUAAAAGGGUUUAAGUUGCGCUACGAAAAAAAUGGUAACACGUCAGAGAUGGAUUUACCUGGUAAUACGACUCUAACUUAUGUACUUACUGGACUGGACAAGUGUACUCUGUACUCCUUUCGAAUGUUGGCCUAUACAAUCAAGGAUGGUAUUUUAACAGCUUCAAAACAGAAAGCCACAGCAGAAGAUGGUAAGUAA